GUACUCACUCCGCCUCGUUCUCAAACCUGUCCAUCCCCCCUCUCGUCGCCCUCUUCUUCCUCCUCCCCUUCCGCAGCGCAGCGCGGCCCCGUCCUUCGCUUGCGUGGUCUGCCGUGUCGCCCACAAUGCUUUCGUCCGCCCACAGGGCUCUCUUUGCUGACACGCAUCAGACGCGAACAAUGCGACGGCUACAUCCGAGGACGCGCCGUAUCCUCAGCUUAAGCACCAGGCCUGCUGCCCCGACGACAUAAGCCCAAGAUCACGCAAGCGCAGACGCGCCGACUCUGCCACGUCCCACGACAUCGCCGCUGCUGAUCGUCAAGAGCUGUACGACUUCCUGCUCACCAGUCUGCCCUUUGGCCCUCGCCUCCCCACCGGACGCCCGCACCAGCCGCUGUGCUCCAGCACCACGAGCGCGCCACGCAAUGAGCACCACGAAGCCACGUCCAUGGCGCACAUAACAGACAUGUACAGCUUGGCCCACGAGAGAAUGAUAGCCAGCGUGACGCGCUCGCCUUCCGCCUCGAGCAGCAAGUUCUCUGCCGCGUCUGACUACGGCCCGUACCAUGCUCAGUACUGGUCCCUCGUCGAGAACGACUUGACCGCCGGCACGCCUCUGCAGUCCAACGGAUCUUACCACAGCCCCUACAGCUCUCUGGCACCGGACGUGCUCUUCUCCCCCAGCACUCCGGGCGCCACCGUCGCCACCUACAACGAGUCCGCGGAUCAGAAUGGGUACGACCACCCGGACGGUUCCGCAUACACGCUGGGCCGAAGCGCACAGUUCGCUACAUGCAUGCCGCCCGAGACGGCAAAUGUGUAUCCCUCCCCCGUCGACAACUUCAGCUGGAACUACUUCCCCGUGGACGCAAGCCCUCAGAACCUGUCCAACCUCGAGAGUCUCUCCAGCCAGAUCCUCGGCAUGCUGUUGACACAUUCUGUCGACGACUUUGCCGCCAUGGUGGCACGUCCAGACCUAUCGACUGGACGAGCGUUCGGAAACCUGGAGGCCAUGUUCGACCAGAUCAAGCAACAGCUCCCGCUCGACGCCUCGAACCGGUUCAUCGACGUCAGCCAGCUCCAGCUCAGCUCAAGCUCGGGACUGGGCGCGAUUCGCAAGGCCAACCUCGCCGUCUUCGCUACGAGCAUCUUCCGCGGUCGCGACGUUCCCUUCGCAGACCUGAACGACAGGUUCCUGGACAUAUUCAUGCCCUCGGGCACUUGUCUGCUAAAGAACGAGGGCUCUCUUUUUCUAGAACUCAAGACUCAAGCAUUCCUGGCAAUGACAACAAGCCACAGCUAUCCGCGGGAGCUCGUCGACCAGCUGUUCCCACGUGACCUACAGUUGACCUUGCUGAGACGACGGGCGGACCCUCAGUACUUGGCAGCGACCGAGCAGGAUUUCAUCGGCCGCUACAAUGCACGAAGACAGCUCCUGAUCACCUGUUGCGAUGACGUGGAAACUCUGUCACAGCUGCCAUCCAAAUACUCGUGGAGUGAUUUCCUCGACGAGCUGCGGACGUGCGUGGGUCGGAAUCUGGACUACCUCGAACGCACAAAGGGCUCCACGUCUGCCGAGGAUGCCAUCACCAAGGCCGCUCUAGCCGCCCAUGCCGCCAUCUCUGGCCACUCACCGAAUGGAUAUCACAGCCCGUCACUGUCGCAAACGUCAAAUUUCGGUCACAAGCGGAAGCGCUCCCCUGGAAGCGAUUCGUCACUCAGCCCGGAGACGCCACAUGCACCGAUCCAUCUCCAAUACCGACGCACCGCCUCCCAUGCGUCUUCCAAAUCCCAGUCUCCCUUCACCAGCGGCGUCCAGCGUCGUCUGGCAAACCCACCCAGCACACGUCGACCCUGGACACCCGAGGAGGAAAAGGCUCUAAUGGAGGGCCUCGAACGGGUAAAAGGGCCCCACUGGUCCCAGAUUCUGGCCCUGUACGGAGCCAAUGGAAGCAUCUCGGAGAUCUUGAAGGACAGGAACCAGGUCCAGCUCAAAGACAAAGCCCGCAAUCUCAAGCUCUUCUUUCUCAAGAGCGGCCUCGAAGUGCCUUAUUUCCUGCAGAAGGUCACGGGAGAGCUGAAGACGCGAGCCCCGGCGCAGGCGGCCAAGCUUGAGGCCAGGGAACGACUCAAGAGGCUCGAGGAACAAAGGGCUGGAGGAAACUUGAUCUAGUCCCACUGCCGUUCCCCAUCACGCCGUAUGGCGAAAGUCGACGGACGCCGGAGGAAGCAUGGUAGAAUGCAAACGCAUGAAGGGAACGUCGGUAAGCCCGAACGGCACUAGUCUUUUUCUCCAGGCAAACGCAGGCAAACGCUAAGGGGUGAAGAGGUUGUGAGCAACCUUCACGGCGGACGCUUGAGGCAUGAGGAAGGCGACAUCAAAGGGUCGCACCAGCCAAGGUGGUUUCGAUGCAGAUGCCCUCUGGAUGUGGCUAAAUUUUUUUUUUCUUCUCACACUCUUUGCGCGGUUCUCUGACGUUUGGAUCUCGAGCAUAUGGGUCGAGCAUAUGGGUCGAAGCAUUUACAAAGGGCGCAAAAAGCAAGAUGCAUGUACGAAUACGAUAAUGUUUGGUAAUGUGUGUGACGAAACACAACACGAUAAAUAUGUACUACUAGUAACUGCUAUAAAC